GGAAAUUGAGUCUUGGCUCUGUUGGUUUACGAAGGGGGAAAUCAGUCAUAUUUUAAAGCUUCAGCCAUUUCCUCUUCGUGAGCUCCUUUUAUUCUUUCCUCUCUCUCUUUAGCUAUACCAGUCACUCAUUGUCAGUUCUCAGCUUCACGUCCUUGAUAGCUUUACAUUCAUUUCUGUUGAUAUACCUUCCUUACAUAUAAAUCAUCGUCUCUCACUCCCUCAACAUGCGCCUACAAAUCAUCCGUUCUAUUGCCAUUCUUGGUGGUAUCUCCCUCGCAACCGCCAAUGAAAUUGUCUCUCUCCUCUUAAUGGACUUUGAUUCUCAAGGGAUCGUUGGUGAAGUCAGUGGCCCAUCAACUACCUACAACCUGCACUGUCCCACAGACACUCCCUCUGAUGAAUGCGGGUUCAGACCCCAGGGCCAAACCAUCACAGUAGGCAGCGAUAACUCCUUCAACCUCGUCUACGAGUAUGAAGAUUACUGGCUCAAAGAAAGCUGCUCCCCUCGCGGCACCACUUGGAUCUCCUGCGAAGCCACAAACACCCAAUCCGAUUUCUCAACGGAAACCAGUACAGCACUAUCUACCAAACUCACCUACCUCCCCGUGACAAUCACCGCCACAACCACUCUCGAUCAUGUCGCCUCGUCUACGACAGGGUCCGCUGCUGGGACUUCCUCUGCGACAGGCGCCCACGCGACCGGGUCCUCCAGCACCGCUAGUGCCGCUGUGAGUUCGAACGCGGCUUCUAACUCUACUAGCAGUGCUAGUGCUACUACUUCCACUCCUAAUGCGGGUGCUCCGAUGGCGACUGGGGUCGCCGCGCAGUGGGUUAUGGGCGGUGCGGCGGCGGCGGCGGUGGUGGCUUUGGUUAUGGCUUAGUUUUCUUUUUUUCUGCAAUCUUAUACUAGGUCUUCAGGUCUUCAGGUACUGAGGUGUUUUCUAGUAUGGGUUAUGUAAUGUGAGGAAUGCGUGUGUGCCCAUUAUGGGGCUGGGAUGGCUUGUAGUUACUUGGUGUCCCUAGCUAGAUAUAUAAAUCUAUAAAUCUAUGUAUACAAAUAGCUGUCCCCGAAGUCUUUCCACACUGGUCUUCCCUUAUUUAAUA